CGGCGCAGCCCAGCUCGGCCCGCCCCGGUCCCGGCAGCGCCGCCUCCUGCCCCUCCCGCCUCACACACAGACGCUUCCUGCGCGGGGCCGGGCGCAGCGGGGUCGCGGCGGCGGCGGCUGAGUUAAAGGUCCGGGGGCCGGCCUGGCGCGGCUGCAGGGGCCCCUGCUGCCCGGGGAGCGGCCCGGACGCGGCCUCCGCGGCGUGCCCGGCAGGGAGCCGCCCGAAGCGCCGGGGCGGCGCGGGCGGAACCGCCUCUGGACAGGGCCCCUCGGGCCGGGGUCGCUGUAAGUUUCCAGUGUCACUUCUGCAUUAGCUGAUGGAAGAUGUGUAACUAUGGAUGAACCAAUGCACGUGCACAACUUCAAGAUAAAAAUGGUGUUGUAUGUUGAAUUGCUAAGUACAACUCACUUGCACAGGGAGAUAAACUUCCACCAAGAAGAUGGAGUGUGAGGAUGAGACGUUCUGCUCCUUGGCUCAUGGCUGCUGCUGUCCUAAUGCGGAUGCAGAAAAAGGCUUCAGACCUCACAAAACAUGUCUUCAAAAAGACAAUUGAAAGGUAAUUUCUAUGAAGAGUUGGCAGGAAAUAAAUGCGUGUGAAGAAGUUUCUGCAUGAAGACUGUCUGUCCAGUAGUGAUUACCCGACAACAUGACUUAGCAUAUGUCCUCUCAUAUUGAAUUGAGCCUUAAAAAUGAUUAGGGUUACAUGUUAACUUCAAUACACUUCUGAUGAAUGUUCUAGAAAUGAGUUUGCAUCGGCAAAUGGGUUCUGAUCGGGACCUGCAGUCUUCUGCCUCCUCGGUGAGUUUGCCUUCAGUUAAAAAGGCACCAAAGAAAAGAAGAAUUUCAUUGGCCUCUAUCUUUCGGAGGAAAAAGGACACAAAACGCAAAUCCAGGGAUUUAAAUGGAGGGGUGGAUGGAAUUGCAAGUAUUGAAAGUAUACAUUCGGAAAUGUGUACAGACAAGAACUCCAUUUUCUCCACGUAUACCUCUUCAGACAGUGGAGCCACCUCUAGCAGCAAACCGAGUGGCGACUUCAUGGAGUGUCCCUUGUGCCUUUUGCGGUACUCUAAGGACAGGUUCCCAGAAAUAAUGACUUGUCACCAUAGGUCUUGUGUGGAUUGCUUACGUCAGUAUCUCCGGAUAGAAAUCUCUGAGAGCAGAGUUAAUAUCAGCUGCCCAGAAUGCUCUGAACGAUUUAAUCCCCAUGAUAUUCGUUUGAUAUUAAAUGAUGACAUCUUGAUGGAAAAAUAUGAAGAAUUUAUGCUUAGACGGUGGCUAGUUGCAGACCCGGAUUGUAGAUGGUGCCCAGCUCCAGACUGUGGAUAUGCUGUGAUUGCUUUUGGCUGUGCCAGCUGUCCCAAACUUACCUGUGGGCGUGAAGGCUGUGGUACUGAGUUCUGCUACCACUGUAAACAGAUUUGGCAUCCAAACCAGACCUGUGAUGCUGCUCGCCAGGAAAGAGCCCAUAGUCUACGCCUGAGAACAAUUCGUUCUUCAUCUAUUAGUUACAGCCAGGAGUCCGGAGCAGCAGCUGAUGAUAUAAAGCCAUGCCCGCGUUGUGCUGCUUACAUAAUAAAAAUGAAUGAUGGAAGCUGCAACCAUAUGACUUGUGCUGUAUGUGGUUGUGAAUUCUGUUGGCUAUGCAUGAAAGAGAUCUCGGAUUUGCAUUAUUUAAGCCCAUCAGGUUGUACAUUUUGGGGAAAGAAACCGUGGAGCCGUAAGAAGAAGAUACUGUGGCAACUGGGAACACUUGUUGGAGCUCCAGUAGGAAUUGCUUUAAUAGCCGGCAUUGCUAUUCCUGCUAUGAUUAUUGGAAUCCCUGUGUAUGUGGGGCGUAAGAUCCACAAUCGAUAUGAAGGCAAAGACAUUUCGAAACACAAACGGAACUUGGCUAUUGCAGGUGGUGUAACCUUGUCUGUAAUAGUUUCUCCAGUUGUAGCUGCAGUAACUGUAGGUAUUGGUGUGCCUAUUAUGUUGGCUUAUGUGUAUGGAGUUGUUCCAAUCUCCCUCUGUCGCAGUGGAGGCUGUGGGGUGUCUGCAGGCAAUGGAAAGGGUGUCAGGAUAGAAUUUGAUGAUGAAAAUGAUAUAAAUGUUGGUGGAACAAAUGCAGCAGUAGAUACCACUUCAGUAGCAGAGGCCCGUCAUAACCCUAGUAUAGGAGAAGGAAGUGUUGGAGGAUUAACUGGAAGCCUGAGUGCAAGUGGCAGCCACAUGGAUAGAAUAGGAGCCAUUCGGGACAACCUGAGUGAAACUGCUAGCACCAUGGCACUAGCUGGAGCUAGUAUAACAGGGAGUCUGUCAGGAAGUGCAAUGGUCAGCUGUUUUAACAGGCUGGAAGUUCAAGCAGAUGUGCAGAAAGAACGGUACAGUCUGAGUGGAGAAUCUGGCACAGUUAGCUUGGGAACAGUUAGUGACAAUGCCAGUACCAAAGCAAUGGCAGGAUCCAUUCUGAAUUCCUACAUCCCAUUAGACAGGGAAGGCAACAGUAUGGAGGUGCAAGUUGAUAUUGAAUCGAAGCCAGCUAAAUUCAGACACAAUAGUGGAAGCAGUAGUGUUGAUGAUGGCAGUGCUCCAGGUCGCAGUAAUGCUGGUUGUUCAUCGGCCUGCUUGCCAGAAAGUAAAUCUAGUGCCACCAAGUGGUCCAAAGAAACAACAGCAGGAAAAAAAUGUAAAGUUAGUGUUCUCCCUGAGGUAGAAAAUGACCGUUUGGAAAACUCUCCACAUCAGAGUGCAAUUCCUGCACUUGCUCCACCGGCCCCAAGCGCUGAAGGUCCACAGCUGAGUUAUAUUGCUGAAGAAGGUGUUAAUAAUGGAACUUCAACUGACGUUGGGGGAAUAAAAUCAAGCUAGGGAAGGGGAAGAAGCACCAGCUAAAGCAGAAGCCUAAAUGCAGAACCAGCAGUAAUGCCACUUGCGACUUCUUAUCCUUGCCUGUGGAAUCAGACCCUGUGAAACGUCAGUGAAUGUGGAAUUGCCUUGGGAGCUGCACAAGUACUGAAUGGCACCAUUCCUGGCUCAUGUUCUCUUUCAGUCCUAUUGUAUGAUUGGUCAGCCAGGCCCCUAGCCUUAUUUAAUCCUGCCACAAGCCUGUGCUUGCAACAUAAAAUUGCUCUUAAUGCUGAAGUUUUCCUUCUUUGAAGUGCUAUGAUUUUAAGGGGAGCAGAGAGAUCACCCACUUAGCUGGGAGCCAGUGCCCUCUAUGAACACAGCAAGAGAAGCCACGCCACACACAUAAAGCAAGGGCCCCAUAGGCCUUUAAUCUCCCCUCCUUUAUGACUACUGGACUGGAGGAAGUCUCCAGUUACCCCCUCCUGCAACUAGAUUUGUAUUUUGGGGGCAGGGGAGGAGUUCACUUCUGUCCUAAAUUAAAGUCCUGAGUGUGAGGCUGCUGUUGUCCAAAGCCUGAAAGUGAAAUGAUGGCUUCUGUGUUCCACAUCACAGUAAUGACACUGUCCAGUCUUGUUAAACUCACGCCGCUGCUUUAUACAGCAGAGCAAUAGUGAUACUAGGGAUGUGCAGACCCAGCAGGAAAGCAUAGCAGCAUGUACACCUGGAAGGUUGUCUCUAAAGGUCUGCAAACUUUGAUUAUGAAAACAUGGCUUGCAGUCUACACUCACUAAUACAUUAGGCUUCCACACACACUGGAGAACACUUCCCCUCCAACUUUGAGGAAAAGAUUUUUUUUAAGUGUGUUACUGCUUAUUUUAAGAAAAAAGGAAAGGCCACGUAGCCAUUUGUCUAGAUUAGAACCAGGUUAACUUUUGGCACUAUUUACAUACUAAGGUUGUGGCUGUAGUCAUGAAACACUGUGACCUUGUCUCGACUAGCAAGCUUACAGUGACAUAGCUGUAAGAUCACUGGUGUAGCCACUCCAUGCGGACAGGCAAGCGUUCUCCUGUUGGCAUAAAGAAAACCCGUCCACAAGCGGUGGUAGCUAUGGUAGUGGGAGAAGUGCUGCCACCAACAUAGUGCUGUCUACACUGGCAUGUCUGGUGAUGUAACUAUGUCACUUGGGGUGUGGUUUUUUUCAUACCCCUAAGUUAUACCGACAAAAGUGAUAUGUAGACAAGCCCCAAGUCUUAGCAGCCAGAUAUUUAUUUAAAGGGGUUUUAAAUAUGUUUCUACAUGCGCCAUUUGAUUGUCCAGAAUCACUCCUCAUUAGCAAAACACAUCAAAUGCUGCUUAAGUUACUUCUGGGGGAAUUCUGCACUACUGCGCACCUGCAUAAUGAAUGAGCCCUGCAUUUUUAAUUUUUUGUGCAGAAAAAAGCUGCUGCUGAAAUGUUGCUGCAGUUCUGCUUUUAGCCCACCAGAGAAUAACUUCUGCAGUUCCACCUUUUGUCCACAAGCAGUGAUAUAACAAAGCAGCAGCUCCCGGUCAGUGAGGGAAGAGAAAGAGCCUGCCUUCUUCGCAGCACCUGGCAGGCGAGGUCAGGAGACAGACAACAGGGGUGCUGGGGAAGGUGGUCAGACAAGGGCUCAUUAGGGUUAGUGGGUGAGGACAGACUGGGGCAGGGGCUGAAUGGGCGUGGAGGCGCAAGGCCACCUGGUGAUAGGGGAGGGGGUACAGAGCUACAUAGGGAUGGGGUGGCAGGGUGGGGACAUGGGGAGGGUGUACAGAGCCACGUGAUGGGUGUCUGAGUGGGAAGGGUGGAGGAAAAAAUGGCCAGGGGGUGCAGGGACACAUGGGGACAGGGGCCAAUGUGCCUGACUGAAUGGGAGUGGCCAGGGGUCAGCCAGGGUCUGCAUGGGGGAAGCUCCCUAACAAUCCCUCCCUGCCCCCACACCAAAAAAACCCCAUCUGUUCCAUACUUUUCCCAUCCAUAUCCAACAACCCUCCAAAUUCACACCCAGAUUCCUUCCCAGCUAUUUACUUCCCUCUCUCUCAGUUUCGCCAUUACUUCUUCAGCUUCUGAGGAGUGUGGGAAAUAUGGUUCUGCGUUGUAGUUUAAUUACUCAGAGUGCUCUAUUAAUAUGCCUAGUAAAGAAUCUAUUUGUCAAAAAAGAUUUUCUGAAUCUUUUUUGUUGUCUCUAUUGUUAUAGGCAUACUUGUUGACAGGUAUUUCUGAAAUAAAUUACCAAAAG